CACAAAGAGCACAAUGGGAGCGCAAUUGUCCUCGUCUGCUUCGGUGGAUGAGGUGUCACGCCUCGCGACUGCCGUCACCGAGCAAAAAGCCGAGCUGCUGGCGGUCAAGGAGGAGCUCGAUGCCGUGCGGACAGAGCUUGCCACCCUGCGGCGCGAGGGCGUGGAUGCGGAUCCAGAUUUUGAUACGCAUCCGGUAUCCCCAACGUCCGGUAUCAGCCCCCGCGUCAUGGGCAUUCUCCGGCGGCUCUCCGUGCGGCAGCGGGAGAAGAAGAACUCGGUCCCGGCGCCGGCGCAGGCCGAGGCGGUCGAACCGAUCACGUACGACGAGGCCUUCGCGGCGAUCGGCGGCGCGGCCGAACUCCAGCGGUACGCGACGGUCAGCAAGCAGCUCGCGGCGUCGGUAGCGGACGCGGAACUCGACGAGGAGCUCCGGCGCCUGCUCCCGCGAGACUACGGGCGGCGCAUGGGCUUCUCGACGCGGCUCGUCAACCAACACUUCGUGAAAACGCUCGAAGAGCUCUACGAGCGGGCGAACGUCGUUCAUGCCCGGUUCGACGACGUCGUGCGGGCGCUCGCGGAAGCGACGGGCGGUGCCGCGGUCGUGCCGCCGGUGAAGGGCGAGGUACGCGCGCGCAUGAAGGCCUUAUUUAAGUACGCGGACGCCGGCGCGUCCGGAGACCGCGACGUGGCCUGGUACCGGCUGACCGAUUUAGUGAGAGCGACGAUCGAGUACGAGGACCUGGGGGCUUUAUAUGGCGGCCUGGAACACAUCGUCGCACGCUUCGGGACGGACAUCAAGGAGCUCAAUGACCGCUACCAGCGCCCCCUGGCGGGCGGGUACCGGGACGUCCAGCUCGUGGUGUGCUUCGAGCGGCACAUGUGCGAGCUCCAGCUCAGCACGCGCGCGAUGAACCGUGCGAAGAUGACUACGGGCCACCGCGACUUCGAGGUCGUCCGCGAGCUGCGCGCGGCCGUGGCCAAGGGCGACCUCGAGCGCGUCGUGAGCGCGCUGGAGUUCGGCCGGGAGCACCUCGGGCGCGCGAGCGCGGGCGACGACGGCGCUGCGGCGUUGCAACGGCUGCUGCGGGGUGACGACGCCACGACGCUCCUGCACCAGGCCGCGCGGGCCGGGUACGCCGACAUCCUCCACGCGUUCCUGCUCCACGGCGCCGACGCGAACGCGCGCGACCCGGCCUGCAAAAACGAGACGGUCCUGCAUGCCGCGGUCUUCGCGGGCCACGAGCGGUGUGUCUGGGUGCUGGUGGACAAGGCGGCCGACUACCUCGACCUCGAUGCGCAGAACGACGAAGGGCAGACGGCCCUCGUGGCUGGCUACCUCAUGCUCUGGACGCGACCGCCGGAGUCGGCCGCGCGGGCUCUCUCGACGCUGGCGCAGGUGUGCGGGGUGGAGCGAAUCCGCGCGGCGCGGGCCGUUGUCGACGAACACCUCAAAAAGUUGCUGAAGCCGAGCCGCCCGCUCGUGGACUACGCUGCGACCGGUAACGUAGGAAAGCUCGUCCGGGAGCUCCGCGGCUACGCCGACCCGAACAGCCGCGACAAGGGCGGCCAGUCCGCGCUCGAGGCGGCGGCCACGCAUUGUGAGCAGGAGGCGCUCGAGCGGCUGCUCGACUACAAGCCCGACGUGCCGCGCGAGCUGCUCACAAAACUAGAUCAAACGGCAAUGCAGAAGCACCCCAAGAUCCUCGCUUCGCUCACGGACGCGGGCCUCAGCACCAUCAAGAGCGUCGAGGCGGCGCGCGCGUCGCGGCCGCCGAGCCUGGUGCCGACCGUGCCGCUGGAGGAUGGUGUCCCAUACAUCUUGAACCCACACGUGUGCCGGCUGCGGGGUGUGCCGACGACGCUCCGCGGCAUUAUCACGAGCAACCAGCGGAACACCGGCGCCGGCGUGUCGAUUGAGGUCGCUGUGAGCGACGACUGCGUCGGUGUGCUCAUUUUCCACGCGAACAGGCGGAAAUACCACGAGACGACGUCGGCGCUCGAGACCGAGCUCGCCGACCUCGGGUUCGUACGGACUACGUUUCAUUGGCUGACGUCGGACGCGUUCGAGGCCGACGAGGCGGGCGCUGACAUCUGGAAACUGCCCGUCGCUGGUCGCCGUGUGGUCAAAUUCGGUGUAGCGGGUCUUGCGGAGUUCAAUGUGCUCCUUUACAGCGAGGCAGUGCUGACGUCGUGCGUCGCCGAAGUGACGAAGGGCAAUAAGGACUGGGCCGUCGGUCCACUCCCAAUGGUCGAGCUCACUGAGGGCGUGCAACACUUCCGCGACCGCGAAUACUGCUUCGCGGACGUGCCCCGGGAGCUGACGGGGAGCGCCCUGACGCAGAACCCCUGCCACUGCUUCGACGGCCUCGAAAUCAAGAUCAGCGCCUGCGACGAGGACAUAGGCGUGCUGAUCGCCGAAGCCUGGGUGAAUCCCCCAGAGGUCAGCCACUGGGCGGAGGUCUACGGGAAGAACGCGGCGGCGCUCGUCGCGCUGCUGUUCCGGCUCGGCUUCACGGGGCCGACGCUCUUCGAGCGCAUGACGUCGCCGACCCUCGACGUGCCCGGCAUGAACCUCUACCGCCUCGCCGUCGUGGGAAAGGUGUCCGUCACGAUUCGCACGGAGGGGGACUUGGAGCUCCAGAUUGUGUCCCUGCCGCGAGUUAGAAGUUAAAUGCCUGA